CGACGGCUCCCUCGGAACCGGAAGUGGAGCCUGUGGGAUCCUUGACGUUAGGAACGAAGUCGAACCUGGAUCUGGAGCCGGGGUGAGUUCAAAUCGGGGAUGCUUUCAUAAUGAAUGUUAACCAGUCAGCUCCACCAGUGCCGCCAUUUGGGCAGCCCCAGCCUGUCUACCCAGGGUAUCAUCAGUCCAGCUAUGGUGGGCAGCCAGGGCCCACAGUCCCUCCUGUUGCCUAUGGAGCCUAUAAUGGACCUGUAUCCGGCUAUCAGCAAACACCUCCCCAAGGUAUGUCAAGAGCCCCACCUUCCUCAGGGGUACCUCCAGCCUCAACGGCACAGGCUGCUUCUGCCCAGACUGCAUAUACCCAGUUUGGCCAAGGAGAUGUACAGAAUGGACCAAGUUCCAGUGUUCAGAUGCAAAGGCUCCCUGGGUCUCAGCCAUUCGGGUCCCCGUUGGCCCCUGCGGUCAGCCAGCCAGCUGUGCUUCCGUCCUAUGGCCCUCCCCCAACGAGUGCGCAGGUGACUGCCCAGCUAGCUGGAAUGCAGAUCAGUGGUGCUGUGGCCCCAGCCCCACCCCCUUCAGGGCUGGGCUAUGGACCUCCCACAUCUCUGGCCUCAGCCUCAGGAAGCUUCCCUAACUCUGGUCUGUAUGGCUCCUAUCCUCAGGGCCAGGCACCUCCCCUUGGCCAGACCCAAGGUCAUCCUGGGGUGCAUCCUCCCCAGCGCUCUGCCCUGCCGCUGGCCUCCAGCUUCACACCCCCAGCCUCAGGGGGCCCUCGAAUGCCUUCAGUGACUGGUCCACCCCUGCCUGGACAGGGUUUUGGGGGGCCUCCAGUGAGCCAGCCCAACCAUGUGUCCUCACCUCCUCCUCAAGCUUUGCCCCCUGGCGCUCAGAUGACUGGGCCUCCAGGGCCACCGCCACCUAUGCAGUCCCCUCCGCAGCCUGGCUAUCCACUUCAACAAAAUGGUUCCUUUGGACCAGCCCGAGGCUCUCAACCUAGUUAUGGAAGCCCCUACCCUGGAGCACCUACCUUUGGCAGUCAGCCUGGGCCUCCUCAGCCACUGCCUCCUAAGCGCCUGGACCCUGAUGCCAUCCCAAGCCCAAUUCAGGUCAUUGAAGAUGACAGGAACAACCGGGGUUCAGAGCCAUUUGUUACAGGAGUCCGGGGCCAGGUGCCACCCCUAGUCACCACCAACUUCCUGGUGAAAGACCAAGGGAAUGCAAGUCCCCGGUACAUCCGAUGUACAUCCUAUAAUAUCCCUUGCACAUCUGACAUGGCUAAGCAGGCUCAGGUGCCUCUGGCAGCUGUCAUAAAGCCACUGGCAAGGCUUCCCCCAGAGGAGGCUUCCCCCUACGUUGUGGACCAUGGAGAAUCGGGCCCUUUGCGUUGCAAUCGCUGCAAAGCAUACAUGUGCCCAUUCAUGCAGUUCGUCGAGGGAGGGAGGCGCUUCCAGUGCUGCUUCUGCAGCUGUGUCAAUGAUGUUCCCCCUCACUAUUUCCAACAUCUGGAUCAUACCGGCAAGCGCGUGGAUGCUUACGACCGUCCUGAGCUAUCCCUGGGCUCGUAUGAAUUCCUGGCCACUGUAGAUUACUGCAAGAACAAUAAGUUUCCCAGCCCUCCUGCCUUCAUCUUCAUGAUUGAUGUAUCCUACAAUGCCAUCAGGACUGGCCUUGUUAGGCUCCUCUGUGAGGAGCUAAAGUCACUGUUAGACUUUCUGCCUAGGGAAGGCGGGGCAGAAGAGUCGGCAGUCCGCGUUGGCUUUGUCACCUACAAUAAGGUGCUCCAUUUCUACAACGUGAAGAGCUCAUUGGCCCAGCCACAGAUGAUGGUUGUGUCUGAUGUGGCUGAUGUGUUUGUGCCACUGCUGGAUGGCUUCCUGGUCAAUGUCAGUGAGUCUCGGGCAGUCAUCACCAGCUUGUUGGAUCAGAUUCCAGAAAUGUUUGCAGACACAAGAGAGACUGAAACAGUAUUCGCCCCAGUUAUCCAGGCUGGGAUGGAGGCUCUGAAGGCUGCUGAGUGUGCAGGGAAGCUGUUUCUGUUCCACACAUCCCUCCCAAUUGCAGAGGCCCCUGGGAAGCUGAAGAACAGAGACGACAGAAAGCUGAUCAACACAGACAAGGAGAAGACACUGUUCCAGCCUCAGACAGGCACCUAUCAGACCCUGGCCAAAGAGUGUGUGGCGCAAGGUUGCUGUGUAGAUCUUUUCCUCUUCCCUAACCAGUAUGUGGAUGUGGCCACACUCUCUGUGGUGCCCCAGCUCACUGGUGGCUCUGUCUACAAAUAUGCUUGCUUUCAGGUGGAGAAUGACCAGGAACGGUUCCUGAGGGACUUGCGCCGUGAUGUACAGAAGAUUGUUGGCUUUGAUGCUGUGAUGCGGGUUCGGACCAGCACCGGUAUCCGUGCAGUAGAUUUCUUUGGAGCUUUCUACAUGAGCAACACAACAGAUGUGGAGCUGGCUGGCCUGGAUGAGGACAAGACAGUGACUGUGGAGUUCAAGCAUGAUGAUCGACUCAAUGAAGAGAGUGGCGCUCUCCUUCAGUGCGCCCUACUUUACACCAGCUGUGCAGGGCAACGUCGGCUCCGCAUCCACAACCUGGCCCUCAACUGCUGCACCCAGCUGGCUGACCUGUAUCGCAACUGUGAGACUGACACGCUCAUCAACUACAUGGCCAAAUUUGCAUACCGGGGAGUCCUCAGUAGCCCUGUGAAGACUGUUCGUGAUGCUCUCAUCACCCAGUGUGCCCAGAUCCUGGCCUGUUAUAGAAAGAACUGCGCCAGUCCUUCCUCUGCAGGACAGUUGAUCCUUCCGGAGUGCAUGAAGCUACUGCCAGUUUAUCUGAAUUGUGUGUUGAAGAGUGAUGUCCUGCAGCCUGGAGCCGAAGUCACUACUGAUGACCGUGCCUAUGUCCGACAGCUGGUUACCACCAUGGAUGUGGCUGAGACCAAUGUCUUCUUCUAUCCUCGACUUCUCCCAUUGACGAAGUCUCCCAUUGAGAGCACUGCAGAACCACCAGCAGUGCGAGCUUCUGAAGAACGUCUCAGCAAUGGGGAUAUAUAUUUGCUGGAGAACGGACUCAAUCUCUUCCUCUGGGUGGGAGCCAGUGUCCAGCAGGGUGUUGUCCAGAGCCUUUUCAGCGUCGCCUCUUUCAGCCAGAUCACCAGUGGCUUGAGUGUUCUGCCAGUACUUGAUAAUCCACUGUCCAAGAAGGUCCGAGGUCUCAUCGAUAGCUUAAGGGCGCAGAGAUCGCGGUACAUGAAGCUUAUCGUGGUGAAACAGGAAGACAAGCUGGAGAUGCUGUUCAAGCACUUCCUGGUGGAAGACAAAAGCUUAAAUGGGGGAGCAUCCUACGUGGACUUUCUGUGUCAUAUGCACAAGGAGAUUCGGCAGCUACUGAGCUAAAGCAAGAGGGGAAUGACAUAGGGUCUCAGGCCAGCUUCUAGAGAGCAAUCCAGGAUGGCAGAGAAAUUGGGACAAUUCCAUAUCUUUAAGUCAUGUAAGCUGACCUCAGUCUCUGCGGGGGAGGGGGAGCUGUAAGGAGGCACCUUCUUUCUGGGCUCAAGUAUCCUACCACUCUUGUCAUGUCCUACUGAUGGAAGGUGCCGCCGUCCCCUCACUCUACCCUUCUUUUCCUGCUAAUCCUAUUGUAAUGAAUGUAGUUUCUCA